GCAUGAUUUGACAAAUGGGUGUAGGCCACUAGGAAUUUGGUUCAGAGAUUGGGGUUUAGUGUUUUGGCAAUUCAAAAAAAACUGUAAGCCGCACCUGCAGAGCAAAUAACAGUGUGAAACCAAAAUGUUUACCUCUAGCUGGCCUUGUGAUAAUGAAAGAAAACUAAAACAUUAUAUCAAAGACACAGCAAGUUAGAAGGACUACAUAUCUUUGAAGAUUACAGCAGCUACAACACUUCACUUCACAUCUUUCUAGAGUUGUGAACUGCUCUUCUUUUGCCCCAAUGGAGCAAAAAGUCGUUCUCAUCACUGGCUGUUCCUCAGGGAUCGGACUCAGCCUUGCUGUGCAGCUCGCAUCCAAUCCUUCCAAAGCAUAUAAAGUCUAUGCUACCAUGCGCAACCUGGACAAGAAACAACGUUUGUUGGAGACUGUAAGAGGAUUACAUGCGGAUACUAUGGCCAUUCUCCAGAUGGAUGUGACCGACCAGCAGUCCAUACUUGAUGCUAAGGGGAAAGUUACAGAGGAUAGAAUUGACAUACUGGUUUGUAAUGCAGGUAUAGGUCUGAUGGGACCUCUGGAGACCCUCUCAAUGGACACUAUACGUGAAGUCCUAGAGGUCAAUCUGCUGGGCACCAUUCGCACCAUACAGACCUUUCUACCAGACAUGAAGAGAAGAAGAUGUGGAAGGAUCCUGGUAACCGGAAGCAUUGGAGGACUGCAGGGUGUGUCAGAUUGGAGAAAUACACAGACAGAGAGAGACAUAGUUUUAGAAUAUGCAGACGAGCAAAGUUAUUGUGGUUUGCCAUUCAAUGAUGUUUACUGUGCUAGUAAAUUUGCAGUAGAGGGCGCUUGUGAAAGCCUGGCUAUACUGCUUCAACAUUUCAAUAUUCAUGUGAGCCUGAUUGAAUGUGGACCAGUCAACACAGAUUUCUUCAUGAACCUGAAGAGAACAGAGCCCAGCGAUGAGGUGCUGGACACUGAUGCAUACACACGCACCCUGUAUGAGCAAUAUCUGCAGCACUGCCAGUCCAUCUUUCAGAAUGCAGCCCAGGAUACCGAUGACAUCAUACAGGUGUAUCUGGAGGCAAUCCAAGCACAGACUCCAUUGCUCAGAUAUUACACUAACAGGGCCCUGCUACCCAUGAGCAGCCUGAAAUUUUCAUGCCUGGAUGGCUCUCAGUACAUCAGAGCAAUGAGCAAGCUCAUCUUCUCUCCACCUAAACCCAAUACAGAUGAACAAAUAUAAUGUUUUUGUAAUAAAGAUUUACAGUUAAAAUCAACUUGAAAAAAAAUACUUUUAUAGACUAAAAGACAUUUUUCA